AUGACAAAUUUAGAAAUGUUGUCAGCUAGUAUGAUACUACAACCUAAACGAAAGAAGAGAGGUGCCAUAGACAUCAUUGGUAACGUCGCAAAUGCGGUGUUUGGUGUUCUGGAUUCUGAAUUGGGUCUGCAAGUAAGCUCCAGUUCAAUUUGCAUCGAAGGCGUAGAAAUCGGAAAAUUGAAUUCUAAAAGUCGUACAAUAGUUUCUGUACAAUCAAAAGUGACCAAUUACAAAACAAUACUUGAAGCAUUUGUUUUACCCAAAAUUCUAUACAAUCAACCAUCGCAGCAUUUACAAAUUUCAGAUUGGUAUCUGCCCAGUAACAUCCAAUUAGCAGAUCCUACAUUCUAUAAGUCUGACAAAGUUGAUAUGUUGCUUGGAGUAGAAUUUUACCAUCAACUUCUAAGUCCUGGUCAAACACAACUUUCAAGGGAACUACCAAUUCUACAGAACACUAUGCUUGGCUGGAUCGUAUCUGUAAAAAUUCAAAAUGCUAACGCAAUAAUUGCAACAUGUGGGAUAGCAUCAGAAGAUAGUUUACAAAAUGCAAUAGAACAACUUUGGAAGGUUGAAGAAGUUGAUACUCACUCAAAAGUCUUCUCAAUAGCAGAGCAACAAUGUGAAGCUCAAUUCACUCAAACUACAUAUCAGAAUGUUACGGGACGGUUCAUCGAUAGUCACCUCAAACGACAAUAUGUAGAUUUCUUAGAUGAAUAUAAAAAAUUGGGACACAUGACCGAAAUAGACAUUGAAAGGAUUAUGUCAUCGUAUUAUUUUAUCCCACACCAUUGUGUUCUUAAGCCUGACAGUACCACCACAAAGUUACGUGUGGUAUUUGAUGCAUCAUCCAAAACAACAUCAGGACAAUCUCGCAACGACUUACUACACAUCGGACCAAUUGCUCGAAGUGAACUAUUGUCUAUUCUGUUACGAUUUCAACUUCCUCGAUUUGUGUUUACUACAGACAUUGAAAAGAUGUAUCGACAAAUACUUGUACAUCCAGAAGACAGCCAAUGUCAGCUUAUCGUUUGGAGAAAUCAUCUAGCAACCAAAUAUUUGCAAGCUUUAGCUGAUGACAAUGUGCAAAAUUAUCCAUUAGGUGCAUCUGCUCUCAAAGAAGACUUCUAUGUAGAUGAUUGUUUACACGAGGCAGAUAGUUUGAAAACAUUGUUGGAAACCCAGAGUCAGUUAAACAAAAUACUGACAGCAAGCGGUUUUAAAUUGCGAAAAUGGUGCGCAAAUCAUCCUAGUUUACUACAAUGA